UGAGACGCCCAUGAGACUGUUAUACAUUUCCAUAUGCAUGUCAGCAUUGAUGAUAUCUUUCACAUACUCUGCCUCAUUGACUAGCGUCCUCGCUGUUUCGAAAUUACCAUUCAAUUCAUUGAAACAAUUUGCUCAAGCUGGUACCUAUGGAUUGAUAGCUGUAGAUGAUAGUGAAGAAUAUGAUUUACUGAAGUUUUCGGAGGAUCCGGUCCUACAACAAAUGUCAAAAUUACUGAUACCUAAGGCACUGUUGCCUUGGAGUUACGUGGAAGGAUUUCAUCAGAUCUGCGAGGAACAAGUAGCUUUCUACGCUCACUAUGCGACCUCGAUGAGAUACCCAGAACGCGAGAUGCCCUGUGAAAUGCAUUCAAUUAAAACAGGAUAUGUUCAAUUAUCAGGAAUUAUCACGCCACGUGGAAGUGAAUUUACACAUGCUAUCAACUACUACCUUCAGCGAUUUAAACAAAAUGGGAUACUGCAGAGAUUGGAAAAUAUAUACAUUGUGGUCGAGUAUACGCCAGAACCAGUUCUUUUGUCGGCGAAUUUACGAGGAGUUGCACCGAUAUUGAUUAUUCUGAUCAGUGGAGUGAUCGUUGCGUCUCUUAUUUUUACCGUUGAAUGGAUUUUUUAUUAUUUUAGAUACAUUAGAUACAAAUCACGACAAACGCCAUUCACACUUUGAAAUAACAACGAAAGCAUGUAUUCA